AUGGAUUGGUUGAAUGACCCAAAUUCUUAUGCCAACAACAUUGGAUUGUGUGGAAUGCAAUUUGAAGUAUCAUGUGGGAAGUUGCCUUCUGAACCAAAGCUAAAAGAUGGAAAGCUCAAGAAAAGCAAGAGUUGGGAGACAUGGUUUUCAUGGGAAAUGGCAGUGAUUGGAUAUCCUUCUAGCUUUUUGUCAACAGUUUUCGUUAUGUAUGUCAUUGGCUACUUUAAUAUUAUACCACAGCCAAAUGUUCCAGACUUGUCAAUUUUUUCAAGAUUAAGUUCUUGCAUUGCCACUUUUACUGUUGCUCCUACCAUUCUUGAUGUUGGACAGCUUGCAAGGCUGGUUAUCCAGGCUAGAUUUGGGAUUAUUACUAAGGCAACUGCUGAUGGUGCACUUCACACUCGAGACUGGGAUACUGAGCCUCUUUUUCCAUUACCGGACCCUGAUUUUGCCAACAAGGAGAGCUCACAGUCUUCAAUUCCUGUUCUGUCAUUAAUGAAGUAUAAGAGUCCAAGCAAACGAUCCAAAAGUAGGUGGGAGCCUUUACCUGAGGAGAAGUUGGUUGAAAAAACUGUUACUGUCAGUAAUGAUGAUGUAAAAUAUGGUGGUUGGGAUGGAAAGCCUUUAAUUGGGAAUUCUGAGAGCAAGGUUGAUGCUUUCAGUGACCUCAAGUUCUCUUUAUCGGAGCAGAAAACUCUGAGUAAGGGUUCCCAGAGGCCACUCAAGAAGCAGCGUAUUGCUGAUGCUUUUAAUAGUGCCGAAAAUGGCAAUGCAUCAAGUGAUAGUGAUAAGGAACAAAGUUUAGCAGCUUAUUAUUCUGGUGCAAUAGCGCUUGCAAAUUCACCUGAGGAAAAAAAGAAACGUGAAAAUCGCUCUAAGCGUUUUGAAAAAGUACAAGGGCAUCAAUCAGAAAUUAAUUACUUCAAACCAAAAAAUGCUGGAGCUGGAAACCUGUACAGUAAACGGGCUAGUGCCUUGAUGCUUUGCAAAAACUUUGAUGAUGGUGGAAGCAGGGCUGUUGAAGACAUUGACUGGGAUGCACUAACUGUUAAAGGGACCUGCCAGGAAAUUGAGAAACGUUAUUUGCGACUCACUUCUGCACCUGAUCCUUCCAUUGUGAGACCAGAAGAAGUGCUAGAGAAAGCUCUGCUUAUGGUUCAAAUUUCUCAGAAGAACUACCUUUAUAAAUGUGAUCAAUUGAAGUCUAUUCGCCAAGAUCUAACCGUACAACGAAUAAAAAAUCAGCUAACAGUUAAGGUGUAUGAAACUCAUGCUCGGUUAGCAAUGGAAGUAGGGGACUUGCCUGAGUAUAAUCAGUGCCAAUCACAGUUAAAAACCCUGUAUGAUGAAGGAAUCGAAGGAUGCUGCAUGGAAUUUGCAGCGUACAACUUACUUUGUGUUAUUUUGCACUCUAAUAACAACAGAGACCUUGUAUCAUCAAUGUCAAGGUUACCAGAGGAAGCAAAGAAGGAUAAAGCUGUUAAACAUGCUCUUGCAGUUCGUGCAGCUGUAACCUCAGGAAACUAUGUUAUGUUCUUCAGAUUAUACAAGACAGCUCCUAACUUGAACAUAUGCCUCAUGGAUCUCUGUGUUGAAAAGAUGCGCUAUAAGGCUGUAAGCUGCAUAUCCCGGUCAUAUCGCCCUACUGUGCCUGUUUCAUACAUUGCACAGGUUUUGGGCUUCUCCAGCACAAGUGAAGGAAAUGACCAGGUCUCAGUUGGAUUAGAGGAAUGUGUAGAGUGGUUGAGAGCACAUGGUGCAUGCCUCACUUCAGACAGUAAUGGAGAGAUGCAGCUGGAUACAAAGGCUUCAUCUUCUAGUCUUUAUAUUCCAGAACCCGAGGAUGCUGUGUUCCAUGGAGAUGCUAGUCUGGCUGUUAAUGAUUUUCUUGCACGGACAUCCUUGUAGUCAAAAUGUAAUGAUUGUAUACAUUUAAUAAGAAAAAUUUGAAAAUUGCGCAGCCCUCAACAAUAUGUACAACCAGAAGAUUAGGUUUCUUCCCUGACCUGGAAGUGAGAGUUCAACUCAAGCCUUUAGCGAGCGUAGAUCAUAGAUGUAUAAAAGCACAUAUAACGAAAAUAGAGCAGAGGCUUCCCUAAGAAAUUUGUUGCCUAGAAUUGCGGAGGGAUUGAACUACGACAAUAACCAUAUGAUUUAUAUUCUUCCUUUUUGUCUUGAACGAUGAUAAUUCAUUCUUUGCUGGGGAAGAAGAUGGAACUUGUUAGGGGGGAGAAGGGAAGAGAACAAGAACAAAUAGCUUUGUUGUAUUUUUAUUAAUUACAGUUCAAUGAUUUUUUUUAGCAUUAGUUCGCAAUCAUUUGCUCUUUUUUGUACCCAAUUGAACGAAAUCGUUUGCUUCACUGUAGACAAA